AUGGCUUUGUUAGCAAAUCCCCCGUCAAAGCUUAUUGAACUACUAAGUAACAAGUCAGGGAAUCCGAACUUGACUAUAGUGGAUACCAUACUCUUUCACUUGGGAGUUGCAGACGUUUACUCUUUACAUGCAACAUGUCGAUCUCUGCGAUGGCUAGUCAAUUACAUGACAGAUUCACCAUGCCUGCUUAGUGUCACAAAGCAAUUGCAACCCUUUGUUCGCGACCCGACGCUAUUCCGAAAUGAGCUUGGCAAGCAUGGUGGGUUGAUCGCAGGAGAUUUCGUCCGCAACUUCUUCGAGUUCGGCCGUUGGCCUGUCACUUCACUGCUUCUGUACGUCGAACGCGGAUCCAAAUGUCAAGGGUUGAUAAGACAUCUGCUUCAACAUGAAGGAUACAGGACCUAUUCCGAAAAAUUAGUCUUUCGUCGUGACAGGGCCCCUGAUUUAUUUAUCGUCAUCAAGUCUACCCGGGACCCUCCCAUUGUCGAUAUCAUCAAUGAGGCUACUACGACGGCUGGUUUAAAUUUCAUAUCUUGGAAUAAGGCUUACUGUCUUUUGCCGAUCCCGACUAUACAGUACCACAAGUUUUACCCACUCAAGCCUUUCGAUAAUGCCCUUGGCAAUGUCUUACGCCAGCGCGCCAAGUAUGGUUGGACGACGAGGGACAUUCUUUGGCCCGAUUUGACAAAAGACCUCAUCUCUGACAAGGAAUGUCGUCAAAUUGGUGGACCAAGCACUUUGGUCAUUAGCCUUGGACAUGAUCCUCCAGGGAAUUACACUCCCGAUUAUGUUCUCGAGGGAAGCAUCUAUUCCCUGGUCUGGAAGUCAGCAGGCUCUUCUCGACGUCUGGUGGCUAGUAUGAAGCUUGCCCCUGCUACCCAUGCACUUCGAUACCCUCACACGUACGGUGACAUUGGCGACGGGUACAAAGAUUGGUGGAAGUUUUUGCGUGAACGAUUAGAUCGCUGGAUUUAUGUUGAGGUGGUCAAGACGGAUCAUGAUCUACGACCACAUGGAUUUCUCUUCCUGGCACCAGGAAACUUUCGUCUUUCUAUUCCUCCUGGUUACCAAGUACCUGAUACGUGGGACUAUGCAGACGAUCAGAUUAUUCCGUGGUUUCGAGAGUGGGAAAAGAGUUGGACAAGGAUGAACGAGUAUUAG